GCAUUCGAUACUUCAAUUGUUUAAUGUUUGGAGGGAAUGGUGCCUAAAAUAUACGUAUUAUUUACCUUUUUAGUAACUGCUUGUUCCCCAACAUUCAGUUUGACUGCGUCUUUCAACAUGACCGAAUAUUACACAAUUCCAAAUAUGUACAAAUACGAUGACUACGAUCGAUGCAUGCAGGAAUUCGAUGUCAAGGCAGUGUUCUGCCUGGUGGACACCACAAUCAAACCCAAUACCACAGCCACGAUUUGGCCGCUAAUUCAGAAGUUCUCAAACGAUUCCAAGCGAAGCUUUCGUCACGAUCGGCUGCAGCGUGGACUUUGCAUGAACUGGUGCAGCAAACUUAUGGCCAAGUACGAUCGGGGAACUCAGAUGAAAUACUAUCUGGCCAAUUUCAAUCAAUCCAGCGAAAUCACGUUCGAUCCGAACACGUUCAGGCAAGCGCUAGACUGGCGCAUGAAGUACAAAAAGUUGGCGAAUCAAUGUGUUAAUUUUGAACUCAAAAGACAGUACUCGAUCAUGGGUUAUUCGACGGUGGAGUACUGCGUGACUAAUCAGGAACAGGAUCCGGUGGAUUUUCUGGACGCAAUAUUCCUAGUUAUUCUUGGGACGAUCAUCUUGUUAAUGAGCCUUUCCUCACUUUACGACUAUAAACUAAAGAGAAAGUAUUUUGACAUGACUAGUAGAGAGUACUACCGAACUACUGUUCCGAGAGGAUUAUCCCAAAAGUUAGUCGCCUUCUCUAUCCCACGCAACUGGCAGAUUCUGAUAGCAAAACGACGAUCGACUCUGUGCAAAGAUCUUCGCUUCCUCCAGGGCGCUCGUUUUCUCGUAAUGUAUCUGGUAAUCGCCGGUCACUGUAUGGUGUUUAACUGCAUUUUUCCUCUCAUCAAUCCGGAGUACGUGGAAUUUAACUAUCGAAGGUUGAUAACGAUGCUGCUUUUCAAUGGCCUAACAGUGGUCCAGACCUAUUUUACCAUCAGCGGAUUUCUACUGGCGGUGCAAUUCGCAGAUUACUGCGAGAAAAGUAAGUCCUUCACAAUGAAGGAUUUUUUCGCGAGCAUCUUGUAUCGUUAUUUGAGAUUAGCUCCACUAUACGCGUUCAUGAUUCUACUGGAUGCCACCUGGCUGUACAAGCUCCAGGAUGGACCAGUGUGGAAGAGGGUAGCGGAAACGGAACGAACCUUCUGCCGCAACAAUUGGUGGGCGAAUUUACUUUUUGCUAACAACUAUUUCACCGUCGAUGAACCGUGUCUGCAGCAGGGGUGGUAUCUCGCGACCGACUUCCAGCUGUUCAUCCUUGGCCUGUUGCUGUUAGCUUUCAUCCGACGUUUCCCCAAGCUGCUCCGACCCACCAUGGUCAUUGCCAUCGCUUUUGCAUACAUUUCACCAGCGCUCGUUGCUUAUUUCAAUCGUUUCGAAGGGGUGGUCAUGAUACGACCGGAGGCUCUGAAGUAUGUUCUUUGGUACGACGAGAGUUAUCGCAAGAUGUACAUCCCAAUGCACACGAAUUAUGGCAGCUAUUUGGCGGGAUUGAUAGCCGGUUUGACGUACCGCCAUUUGAAGCGUGGCGAUUUCGAUGUGCGACAAAGUAAAUUGUUCCUGCUAGCGUGGUACUCAGCGCUACCGAUGGCCAUACUGCUGCUACUAUCCGCGUACAUCUUCUAUGCAUACGACUUCGAGAAGCCUGCUAUUUGGAUAGCCUGCUAUGCUGCCAUCUCCAAGAAUCUGUGGGGUGUGAUAUUCGGUGUUAUGUACGUUGGACUUGCAUUUGGAGUAGGUUGGUUCUUCAAACGACUGUUGAACAAUCCAAUCUUUAGGCCACUUGGCAAGGUCACCUAUGCGGUAUAUUUGUGCCACUUGUUUGUCAUUCGCGCGACACUGGGCAACAUCCGACAACCGAUUUAUAUUAGUGACGUCAGAAUCCUCGUAUCGACAUCAUCAACACUUGUUUUGUCGUAUAUUCUCGGAUUACUUCUUUGCUUGGGAAUCGAAAUUCCACUUUCAAAUCUUCAGAAGCAAUUGUUCGAGAAGAAACCAGAAGUGUAUUACGAAGAAAAUCUGGAGCUCGCGAAGAAUGGUGAAAAAGCGGUUGCUAACAACAAAGUGAUCACUGGAGAAUAAAUUAAUAGGAUUCUUGUAUUGUGUAGUAAUAUAAUUUUGGUAUAUCCGAAAAUCUAACACGAACCCUGAAAGGAUGGUAGACAAUCAUACGCUUUUCUGUUUUUUCCAUUAUUUAUAGUUAAGCAUUAU